GAAGAGUAUUUACAAUUCGUCAUGUUUUGUCACAUCAAAAUGUAUAUACAGAGCAAAUAUGUGGUUAAUUCCAAACUAACAAAAUAUGAUUUUAAUCCCCCUUUUUUGGGGAGACAUCUAAGGGUCCUUUUGACACAUUCAAAACUGACAAACGUAAUAAAAAAUGUAAUCAAAUUUAAUUAGUUAAAACUUUGAGGAAGAAAUGGAAAUAGUGACACUACUAUAACAUUUUCACCAGGGUAAAUUGUAAUCUUGACCAACAGUAUUUCCCAGGUAAUCUCUGAUACUUUUCUUCAUGUCCUUCCAUUUUCCACUUGUCCGUGUGGCUGUCCUGACAGGGUGCCACCCAUGCAUUUUUCACGCUAAAGUACAGAUGUAUUUAUGUCGUCAUGCCAUGUUUUUUCUUUUCUCUCAUUCCCCGACAUUCUCCCAAGCGGCACAUGUGCUAUUUCCUCGCAGCGUGGAAUGCGAGCGCCAGUCUUAGAUGACGUCUGGCGGCAGCCGACAAAGUGGAUUGCUCCGGCAAGGCGCGCGUAUGCCUUGACUGGAGUGUCCAGUAGGAGGCAGUAAACGUUGUCAGGUGAAGGAGGUCAGGUUUCUGUGUGGAGGAAACGAGGGGAGGAAGAAAGCAGGGGGCGUGUCCUUGUAGUCUGUCCCGUGUUGCGUAGCGUGGAAAUGUGACGCGCGUUGCACUCACACAUGCACCCAACAGCCUUCACACGCGUCACGCGACAGUAGCGAGCGAAUGUGACCGAAGUGUGUUUGUUGUGUCGGUGUGUGUGUGUGUGUGACUUCCACAGAGGAAAAGUGCCUCCGGCGAAGCCCCCCCCCCCCACUCCGCCCCCCUCCCCGGCCGGCUGUGGUUCCCGGCUGACCUGAGGACUUCACACCGCCACCUUCGGACUCCUGGAACUUAGAAAAAAAAAACAACAAAAAAAGGUCCCGUCAUUUUUUAGUCGUAAGCGAUGCUCAGGCAGCAUGGCCAAGUGGUUCAAGGAGCACCUCGGUUUCAAAACUACCAAAGCACCCCCUCCGGCGCCCCCGAAGCCGGACUACCGACACUGCCUCACCGGUGUGUCCGGCGCGCCCGGCUGCCAACCGGGGACCACUUUCACGCUCAGCCCCGCUCAGCCGGACAUCCUUGCCGCCUACAAACUCCAAAAGGACCUGGACUUCGAGGACCCGUACACUCCCGGUGGAAAUAUCUCGUUCGCCGCGGGCUCGCCGGACCUCAAGUACGUGUCUCCGAAGCACCGACUCAUCAAGGUGGAGACGGUGGAGAAGAGCAACCCGGCGCCGAGUGCCGGUGGUGGAGGCGCUGGUGUGACGGUCGCUCAAGCCGUCGCCGUGGGGAGCGUAAAAUCUCCCACUUCGCCCUCAACGGAACAGGACAAUAAGGAGAAGCUCAUUAUCCUGGAGGACUACGCUGACCCUUUUGACGCCGAGCAGACCGGCGGCACACAGGGCAGCACAGAGAAAGUGACCACAGAGAACGACGGAUACAUGGAGCCAUACGAAGCCCAGAAGAUGAUGGCAGAAAUCCGAUCCAGCGGUCGGGGGACCAAGGACGGCAGCACCAAACAACUUCCCCUGUACGACACCCCGUACGAGCCCACUGAGAACGGCGGAGACUCAGACCCUGAACGCUCUCGCUGCCCCAGAGAGAGUCGACUACCUCAGGACGACGAGCGACCACCCGAAGAAUAUGACCAGCCCUGGGAGUGGAAGAAAGAGAGGAUUUCCAAAGCCUUUGCAGCUCUGCUUUGUUAUGACUGCAUUAGCUACGAGGGCUCUUUAAAUGGCACUGGAUCAGUUCCCCACAGAAGAAAGGACUGCACUUCUAAAUCCCCCACAGUCCAGUUUGACAGCGUGGAGAAGUCUCGAAUGUCACCCACCAAAGAUGGGAAAACACGUCCACUGCAGCGGCACUCCAGCGGCUGCUUGGUUAACACCAAGAUGACCUCAGCGGAGCAGCCCAACUCGUCUGUGGGGGAACGCAUCGAUCCAAGCAUGGCCUUGGAAAGCCAAUUCUGGUACCACGGUGCCAUCAGUCGGACGGAUGCAGAAUCUCUGCUCCGGCUGUGCAAGGAGGCAAGCUACCUGGUGCGGAACAGCGAAACCACCAAGAAUGACUACUCCCUCUCACUUAAGAGCAGCCAAGGCUUUAUGCACAUGAAGCUUUCUAGGACCAAGGAGAACAAGUACAUCCUGGGCCAGAACAGCUGCCCCUUUGACAGCGUACCUGACAUCAUCCACUUCUAUUCCAGCCGCAAGCUACCCAUCAAGGGGGCCGAGCACAUGUCCCUGCUGUACCCUGUCGCUAUCAGGACACUAUAGUGACCCACAAAAAAACAACAUGUCCAUUAUGGAAAGGGAAAUCCCCAAAACUGCUGAUUCUGACUCACCUCACUGUCUGACAGAUUACCACGGAUCCUUCUUUUUUUUCCGGUGGCUUUUUUAGUUAAUUUAUGACAGACACACAUUUUUGGCCGUCCCACAGAGAGCCUCCACCUACAUUUGGCAAGGCUUGUCAUCUGAAAAACUCGAGUUCUCUUAAAAAUUCAUACUAGGGAUGGGCAAUGAACUACAUUUCUUUUAAAAACAAUGUUAACAAUAUUAUAAAGUAUCCCUGAAUGUUCUGAUGUUUUUUGAAAAACGGUGACAAGAAAACUGCUGUGGCUUAUUUGCUUCUUUUUCAGGCAGUUCUCACGAGAAAGUCUAAUUGCAUCGAUGCUUCAAUAACAGGCUUCUAACUUGCAAAACCCUUGAAUUAGUGUGCUUUAGACAAAUUAGAACCGACAUCAGAGCAUUCUUGAAGUUCUGGACUUCCAUUUCAAUGCCAGUGGAGUAUUUAUCAAAACAAUGCUAUGUGAUGAUGAGUGGGUGGGUGCCAAAAAAAAAAGGAACAAUGACACUGUGGGUUUUAGACUUGAACAAAAAAAAGCUGGAACAGGGGCAUGUUUACCACUGUGUUGUAUCACCUUUCCUUUUAACAACAACCGAGGACACUACUUGUAGAAGCAUAGGCAGAAUUCUUUCCCAUUCUUGGAUGAUUUCCCAUUCUUACUUAAGUUGCUCAACAGUCCGGUGUCCACAUUGUCGCAUUUUGCGGUUAAUAAUGUGCCAUGCGUUUUCAAUGGGAGACAAGUCCUGACUGCUGGCAGGCCAGUCUCGUACUUGCACUCUUGCUAUGAAGGCACACUGCUGUCACAUGCAAAAUGUGCCUUGGCAAUGUCUUGGAGAAAUAAGCAGGGAUGUCCCUGAAAAAGAUGUUGCUUGGAUGGUAGCAUAUAUUAAACCUGUAUAUACCUUUCAUAAUUAAUGCUACCUUCACAGAAGUGCAAGUUUAUACACCCCCAUAUAGUCACAGAUGAUGUUUUUUAAAUUUUAUGCUGAUAACAAUCUGGAUGAUCAUUUUCUUCUUUGGACCGGAGAACGCGACAUCCAUGAUUUCCAAAAACUAAUUUAAAGACGGACUGUUCAAAUCACCACACUUUUCCAUUUUGUGUCAGUCCGUCUCAGAUGAGAAACCAUCCCAGAGAAGUGGGUGGCAUUUCUAGGUGUUGUUGAUAUAUGGCAAGAUGUAACGACAAACUGACACUGACAACAUUCACAACACUUUUAUGAAGUGUUCCCGAGCCCACUUUGUCGUAUCCUUUGCACGAUGAUGCCCUUUUUUUUUUCAUGCAGUGCCGCCUGAGGGAUGAUCGAAGGUCACGGACGUUUGGCGUCGAUUUUCGGCAAUUGCCACUUACAGUAGUGUUCAAAAUAAUAGCAGCCUAAUGUGACUAACUGACUAACCAGAUUAAUCCACAGUUUUAGGUUUUUGCUGUGCAAUUGGGCAAUUUGUUCGUUUUAUGAGAAUCUACUGCAGCUACUGGUAACUUGUUUAACAUGUAGCAAAAAAAAGGAAAAAAAUACUGAAAACCUGAAUUAAUCUGCUUAGUCACAUCAGACUACUCUUAUUUUAAACACUAUUGUACGUGCAGCAGUUUCUCCAGGUUUUCUGAAUCUUUUGAAUAUACAUCUGUAGAUAAUGAAAUCCCUAAAGUCCUUACAAUUGUACAUUUAGGUACAGUUCUUAAACUGUUGGGCUCUUUCCUGACGCAGUUGUUCACAAAGUGGUGAUACUCCCUCGCUUGGGAACAACUGACCCCUUUUGGGGACGUUCCUUUCAUACCUCAUCAUGACACUUACUUGUUUCUAAUUACCAUAUUUUCCGCAAUAUAAGGCGCACCUAAAAGUCUUUAAUUUUCUCAAAACCUGGCGGUCCAUCUUAUAUAUGGAUCAAUAUUGAGCCUUUAGUGCAGCACCAUCUAAUGGAUGCAUAACGUAACCCCAGCCUCUACUGUUGCGUCUAUUCUUUGCGCCUUUUACGGUAAUGGGAUGCGCCUUAUAUAUGCCAAAAAUUUUUAAAUAGGCCAUUCAUUGAAGGUGCGCCUUAUACUGCGGUGCGCCUUAUAGUGCGGAACAUACGGUAACCCUUUCACCUGUAUGAUGUCCCUAAAAGGUAUUUUUGAGCGUUCCUCAACUUACCCAUUCUGUUGCUCCUGUCCCAGCUUUUUUGAAAUAUGUUACAAGCAUCAAAUUCAAAGUGAGAGAAUAAUUACAAAAAACAAUAACAUUCGUUAAAGAAUAUUGAAUAUUGUUUAUUGCCGUGGGGCCACAGCCUACUGACGAAGGGCCCAGAUUGUUUCGAUCACACCCCCGAUUUUACAAUUUUCAGUGCCAGCAAAAAGUGGGGUGCGCACCCCUAAAAGUUUGAAAACCACUGCGUUAUUGAAUGAAGUUUGAAAAUGGUUUGCAAAUAAUUGUAUUCUUUCCUUAUUUAUGCUUUAUACAACAUCGCAACUUCAUUGAAAUUGUGGUUUGUAGAAAUGGGAUUAGAUCAUUCCUCAGGAUGUGUGACAAUAAAAAAAAACGAGACUGCGUCUCGUCCUUUUAUUGUCGUAGGCCUGAGCUGAUAUGUUCCCUUCUUCAGACAGUAAGCUAGUUGAUAGUGGUGCUGGUUCAGCGCAAGUACGAUACAGUACUCCAUUUUGUCACCAUUUUAUCUGAAAACUGAAUGAGCCACUAAUUGUAAACAUUCCCAUCCCUAGUUGAUUCUGCAAAGGGGGGAAAGUGAAAAUUGGCCAUGUCUGAGGGGGGGGUCCGGCUUUUGCGUUGAUCUCUCUUUCCCGUCAUCAUCCAUACUCACCCCCAUCCGUCGGCGAGGGGGAGGCGCAAAAUGCCAAUGACGGCGUAAGUGGCAAGACAGGCUGCAGAGAGCCGCAUGAUUGAUGGGUUAACCCAUCCAAAAAGCCAGAAUGGUGGAGCUUAACCCCCCUUUUUAAGCCAGGAGCUGUCCCCCCCGCACCCUGCCCCAACGCCCGCAUUGUCUACCUCAGAAAAUCAAUGCCAUUCAGCCGUCUGUCUGCGGAUCAAUAGGUACAGUGGGACGGCCGGCAUCGAUCCGCUCUCUCCUUCCCAAUUUCCUUAAAAUGGAAUCACUCAUUUUGGAUUUAAAAAAAAAAAAAGAAAAGACAAAAAAAAAAGGACUAUUCAAGGCCUGCUUUGGUGUGUGUUAGUCAUUACUACGAUGCUGUGCAGUUUCCAGCGUUUGGUUGAAUGAAGCCUUAUAAUGCACGGAGAUCAGCUGACUGCAAUCCUGCUUUUGGACGAUUGUUCCAUGACUAAUUUAUUGGUGGGCUUACUCGCCGCCCCUUUUUGUCGUGAUUGUGUUCUCCGGGAUGACUCCCGUGGUGUUCUACGUUUUGCUCUUCUUGUCUGCUCGUCACGUUUGGGCCCAACUCUUCCUGACCCGUCGUGGGGCGGGUCGAUGAACAUUCAAACUGGAACUUUAUGCAUUCACGUCUCCAUUACAAGGACUCAAAACUCUUAACAGUCCUGAUUUGAACCGCUUUAAGAAUCGCAGUCACUUUUUGGAGUUUGCUCACCAAGCACCGCUUCGAUUCUGCAAUAACAUAACUAAGGAAUGAUUGUAUUGUUAGUCCAAUUCUUAAAAUCAUGCCCCUACAGUGCACUCUCAGAACUUGAAGUUGUAGGACCUUCAAUCUGCUUGACUCCAGAACUCAAACUGGGCCAAGUAAAAUUCAAACAUCGUUAACUGGCCAAAAAGAAGACAUAGAAGUCGCUGUUGUUCAUAAUAUCUCAUACAAACAACAUUUAUUUUAUUGUUACUUCAUUUUUUGAAGUUCUGGAUCAAACUGUUUCCGUGAUAAAGUAUUUAAACUGUAGAUUUUAUUGACUAUUUACUGUAAUUUCCGGCCUACAAGCCGCAAAUGUUUUCACACGCUUUAAAUGCAGCGCUAGCGUUAGCGCUCCUGGUUAUAAGCCUCGGUACAGACUGUGGUGACCACUAAUGGACAAUCUGAAAGGAAAAGAAGAAGAAGACACAGAAAGAGUCUCACGCUAGCGCCGCACUAGCGUCUGUUUAUUUUUAUUUAUUAGUAGGCUACUUGAUUUAUUUGAUAGGGCACCUGUUUACCUGGCUAACAUUAGCCUCGUGCCAAUGCUAGCACCGCUCUAGCAUAAAACUUUUUCUGUGUACCAAGGCUUAUAACUAGGUGUGCUCUGUAGGCCAGGAAUUACGGUAAUUGCUUGUAAAAAAAAAAAAAAAAAAUGUUCCUUUAACUUCGUUUUUGCUCUAUCUUUAUCAUAAACAUUUUCCUAGAGAGGUUUGUCCACACAACAUAGCCAAAGAAAAUUGCCCCAGUUCUGAAUUCGUGUGUGCUUUUCGGAGCAUAUUUUCCAUCUCAGAAUCUUUUAAAGUAAAUUCAUGAGGUGAUCUUAAUGAAUUCACCCCUGUUGGUUAUAUAAAAUUCAUCCUAAAUUAGUAAGCAUUAGCAUUGCUAGCUCAGAAAUGUGCAUUUCUGCGAUGACCGUAUUUCCCCUUGUAAAAUAUUUCAGUAAAUUUCCAAAUCAGUUAACUACCAACACCUUCGAGAUCCAAAGGUCAAACGUAACAUACGUAAUAUGACAUUAUGCGAAUGUCGUCAAAUUUAAUUUGCAUUAAUAAUGCUAUCUAACACAACUGAGGCACAUUUCCAUCAAGGACCAAAUUUUCCCCAUUUUUGGAUAAAUUUCUGUACGGUUUGACUACCAAACCUUUCUCUAUUGGUCCAAUAUCCUAAUUUUAUGUUCAGUUAUCUUACUAAUGAGUUCUAAAAGUUAGCAGUGACAUUGCCACAGACAUCCAUUACCGCCAAAUAUCGCGUUGUCCUUGGAAAACUUUGGGGUCAAUUUCCGAGUUGUGAGGGGCAGCACUAUCUGUCACGAACCAUCAAUGCGGGGGCGGACCCAAAUGCAGGACCCCAAGACGAGGACCUGAUGUUAGACGUGGUUUUAUUUGGGAAGCGGGUCGAUACCAAAAAGCAGUCCAAAACAAGGCAGAGGCACAAAAACGCUAGGCUAGGUAGGAUCCAAAAACACAUUCAGCAACAUCUGAUGACUAUGGGGCAAAUUAAUAAUCUUAACAGGACGGGAUUAACCAAAGGGCACAGAAUCACAGUGACGAGGAUAGUUCAACACUACAAUUACUCUGUGGUUGAGAAUCCAACUGGCAGUGAACGUAACAAACUGGUAACAGCCGUGACAAAACUCCAAACUUAAAUACAUUGUCUAAUCAGAGUCCACAUGGAAAACAGCUGUGACAGGUGUCAGAGGUGAUACCGCCCAGAGCGGUGGCCAGGCCACGCCCCUCUUGACCAUGGUCCAGCCUUGCUCAUGACACGAUCGUAGGCUUCUUUUAAUGUACUCAUAAUUUUGUCGAAUUAAGUAAACAUUAACAUUGCGAUCCCAUAGACAAGGUGAGGUGAACUACAAUGGCCCCCAAAACAAGAUCAGUGGUCUUCCAAUCAUUUGCGUUGAAUUUCUUGCGUGAACAACGAAGGUGCAUUUUAACAAAGUUGCUUGGUGAGCAAAUCCGCAACAAAUGGUCAAGUGGUUGGGAAUUAACAAGCGAGUGUUUGGACUCUAGAGCGUUAUCCGGAUCUCUUCUAAGUGUGUUUUAUGCAACCGGAUGACUCACGACUGGCGUUUCAAUGGUACCAAGCAUCCCAAGGGGGUCCAUGAAAAUGACUGACCUGCUCAAAAAGUCCAACCGGGUCGCGUCGCGGUGAGGACAGCUUCACUGCAGCUUUACUAGAACUUUAAGUGGACCUAUGAGAGAGAAGAUUCAGAGAGAAUAUGAAUGAAUGUCGAUAGAGGCUUGCAGACCGGUGUUAUAGUACUCGAGGGGAGGCCUUAGUUUUGGAGAAAAGAGACUGCAAUCCACUGGGGGCAAAAUGUUUCUCUGUGGAAAGAGUAUCUCUUAUGUCUAAAGUGUCUUAAAUUGUGUGUGUGCGUGCGUGCGUGUAUGUUUGUCUAGCGUACCCCUCAUGGCCAAAUGUAUAUACUGAAUGUAUCGUAAGCGCGGGGGACGCAGAGGCAUCUACGUAAAUAAAUAAAAGAAAAAGGUUUAU